AUGAUAUGGAUCUUCGGCGACGUGUGGUGCUCAGUAUGGCUCGCGGUGGACGUAUGGAUGUGCACAGCGUCGAUUCUCAACCUCUGUGCCAUAUCACUGGACCGAUAUGUGGCCGUGACAAGGCCCGUGAGCUAUCCUAGCAUUAUGAGCAGGAAGAGAGCGAAGGCUUUGAUAGCUGGGCUGUGGGUGCUCUCAUUUGUGAUUUGUUUUCCUCCACUGGUAGGAUGGAAAGAUAAAAAACCCGACGAAGCUGACAAACACGGCUGGUCACCGAACCCUCCCUGCCCUUGGACCUGCGAACUGACUAAUGAUGCGGGCUACGUGGUGUAUUCAGCACUUGGGUCUUUCUACAUACCCAUGUUUGUGAUGCUGUUCUUUUACUGGAGGAUCUACAAAGCAGCUGUGAGAACCACGAAAGCGAUCAAUCAGGGCUUUAGAACAACAAAGGGUAAAGGCCUCGGUAGCCGUUUUGAUGACAAUCGUCUGACACUACGGAUUCACCGUGGACGAGGGUCCAACCGACCUCACGGCUCACCGCUGUCGACAGCUUCCAACCACUCAACGAGCACUUCGCUUAGUGCCUCACCCGAGCGAUUGAGAAGGACAACAUCUUGCAGACACUCAAGCGCCAGACGUGCACAUGAAAAAGUCAAAAUUUCCGUAUCGUAUCCAUCUUCGGAACAAAUAUGCCCCGCUCAUGAAAACUCUAGAUCAUCAAGUCGAUCGCCAAGCCCAUCACUAUACGCCGUACAUUAUGAGAGAGAUGGUCGAGAAUUGACCGAAAGUAGACUACGAGUGAGGCCGUCACAUCACUUGGCUCCUGGGCCCUUAUAUGAUGAAUACGAUGACAAACCUAGGACUACUAGAAGGAUGGGGAAGAGGAACAUUAAGGCACAGGUGAAGAGAUUUCGUAUGGAGACAAAAGCAGCUAAGACCCUUGGCAUUAUUGUGGGUGGCUUCGUGUUCUGCUGGCUGCCCUUCUUCAGCGUAUACGUGGUGCGGGCAUUCUGCGGGGAAUGCGUACCUCCCAUUAUCUUCUCAAUAUUGUUCUGGCUCGGAUACUGCAACUCGGCGAUAAAUCCUCUGAUUUACGCGCUGUUUUCUAAAGAUUUCAGGUUUGCAUUCAAGCGCAUCAUUUGUAAGUGCUUCUGCGGGAGCGCGGGUGCGCGUCGAGAGUCUGACGCCGAAGGCUCGAGGCGACAGAACCAUCGGCCUACUCACUCACACUCCCUGGAGGAACAUGAUGCUAACAACCACACCACUGUAUCUACAACAACAGCUACCGAUAGGUGA